ACGGCCUCCCCCCGUGUAUGUCUCCGGCUGCCGCCUCUGCUCCUCGGCUCUCCGCCCGCAGCGCCUGCCUGCCCGCGCACCCUGUCCCCGGCGCGGCGAUGCGGCUGGACCGGGAGCCCGGAGACCCGAGCGCCUCGGCCGCCAGGCGCGGCGCGGAGCGGCGGGGGGCUCCGCGCUGCUGGGCGCUGCUGCUGCUGCUCGCCCUUGGCUGCCUGCGCGCCGCCGCCGACGGUGCGAGAGCAAAAUGUGAAGAAUCCCAGUUUGCAUGUGGUAAUGGACGCUGUAUUCCUCAAAUCUGGAAAUGUGAUGGUGAUGAAGACUGUUUAGAUGGCAGUGAUGAGAGUGCUUGUGUGAAGAAAACAUGUGCCGAAUCUGACUUUGUGUGCCUCAGUGGUCAAUGUGUGCCUAACAGAUGGCAGUGUGAUGGGGAUCCGGACUGUGAGGAUGGGUCUGAUGAGAGUUCUGAACUGUGCCACACGAGAACAUGCCGGGUAAAUGAAAUCAGCUGUGGUCCUCAGUCAACUCAGUGUAUCCCAGUGUCCUGGAAAUGUGAUGGUGAAAAAGACUGUGACAGUGAAGAAGAUGAACAGAAUUGUGGCAAUGUGACUUGUAGUCCAGCAGACUUCACAUGCAGCAGUGGGCAAUGUAUUUCCAAGAGCUUUGUCUGCAAUGGUCAAGAUGACUGCAGCGAUGGUAGCGAUGAGCUGGAGUGUGCCCCUCCUACCUGUGGCGUUCAUGAGUUCCAGUGCAAGACCUCAACUUGCAUUCCCCUCAGCUGGGUGUGUGAUGAUGAUGCUGACUGCUCUGACCACUCAGAUGAGUCUCUAGAGCAAUGUGGCCGCCAGCCUGCGCCUUCUGUGAAGUGCUCUGCCAGUGAGGUGCAGUGUGGCUCAGGUGAAUGUAUCCAUAAAAAGUGGCGCUGUGAUGGAGAUCCUGACUGCAAGGAUGGAAGUGAUGAAAUCAACUGCCCUUCUCGGACCUGCAGACCAGACCAGUUCAGAUGUGAAGAUGGGAACUGCAUCCAUGGGAGUAGGCAGUGCAAUGGUGUGAGAGAUUGUCUGGAUGGCACAGAUGAAGCAAAUUGUAACAAUGUUAUUCAGUGCUCUGGACCCGGCAAAUUCAAGUGCAGAAGUGGAGAAUGCAUAGAUAUCAAUAAAGUGUGUAACCAGCAGAGAGACUGCAAGGACUGGAGUGAUGAGCCCCUCAAGGAGUGUAACAUCAAUGAAUGUCUCGUGAACAAUGGUGGAUGCUCUCAUAUCUGCAGAGAUCUUGUUAUUGGCUAUGAAUGUGACUGUCCAGCUGGGUUUGAGCUUCUGGACAGGAGAACCUGUGGUGAUAUUGAUGAAUGUCAGAACCCUGGUAUAUGUAGUCAGAUCUGUAUCAACCUGAAAGGGGGCUACAAAUGUGAAUGUAGCCGUGGCUAUCAGAUGGAUCUUGCUACUGGGGUGUGCAAGGCAGUUGGGAAAGAACCAAGUCUAAUUUUCACCAACCGCCGGGACAUAAGGAAGAUUGGCCUUGAGAGAAAAGAAUACAUACAGCUUGUAGAGCAGCUAAGAAACUCUAUAGCUCUAGAUGCUGAUAUUGCUGAGCAAAAACUUUACUGGGCAGACUUCAGCCAAAAAGCAAUCUUCAGUGCCUCUAUUGAUACCCGUGAUAAAGUUGGAACACACAUCAGAAUCCUGGACAACAUACACAGCCCUGCAGGAAUUGCUGUUGACUGGGUUUAUAAGAACAUCUACUGGUCGGACUCAACUGCAAAGACCAUUUCAGUGGCUAGCCUAGAUGGCACAAAAAGAAAGGUUUUGUUUCUCUCUGAGCUGAGAGAGCCAGCUUCUAUUGCUGUAGAUCCUAUCUCUGGCUUUAUGUACUGGUCAGACUGGGGUGAGCCAGCAAAAAUUGAAAAAGCAGGAAUGAAUGGAUUUGACAGACAGCAGCUUGUGACAACAGAAAUCCAAUGGCCUAAUGGAAUUGCUCUAGAUCUUGUAAAAAGCCGCUUGUACUGGCUUGAUUCUAAACUACACAUGCUGUCAAGUGUGGACUUGAAUGGCCAGGAUCGUAGAAUUGUGCUGAAGUCACAUAUGUUCCUUCCUCAUCCUCUUGCUCUAACCAUUUUUGAAGACCGUGUGUACUGGAUUGAUGGAGAGAAUGAGGCAGUCUAUGGGGCCAACAAAUUUACUGGAAACGAUUUGGUUACACUAGUGAACAACCUCAAUGAUGCACAGGACAUCAUUGUGUAUCAUGAACUUGUUCAGCCUUCAGGUAGGAACUGGUGUGAAGAGCACAUGGCAAAUGGAGGCUGUAGCUACCUAUGCCUGCCUGCUCCUCAGAUAAAUGAACAUUCUCCAAAGUACACCUGUGCAUGUCCUGCUGGGUACUUCUUGCAGGAGGAUGGUCUGAGAUGUACAGUUUCAGGUACUGGAACAACUGUGGCUUACACUGAGGCUAAAGAUACCAGCACAACAGAAAAAUCUCCAACUGUUGGACUAGUUCCUGGAGGAUUCAACACUAGUGGUACAACCUCUGAAGUAACUGCAGCUGGAAGAACAUCAGCAGCUUGGAUCAUUCUUCCUGCUGUAUUGUUGAUGAUGGCUGCAGCAGCUGGCUACUUCAUGUGGCGUAACUGGCAGCACAAGAACAUGAAAAGUAUGAAUUUUGAUAAUCCAGUUUACCUAAAAACCACAGAAGAGGACCUCACAAUUGAUAUUGGAAGACACAGUGGUUCAGUAGGACACACCUACCCUGCAAUAUCUGUUGUCAGCACAGAUGAUGAUAUGGCAUGAGCACUGGAUUAGCAAUCACUUUCAGUUUACUUGUGUCUUACACUCCUUGGGGAUAGUAACCAGGUUUGUGGCUGAAGGACUUCCUCCAUUCUUGGAAGAAAGAAGAUACUUUCUGUAUUUAUGGAACACUUGUGUAAAUAGUUAUUUUCUACAGCUUAACAACUCUGUAAAUACCUGUCCACAACAAUUCAGCUGUUAGUGGUUACAGUUUUAUCAGUACAGUAACCCUUGGGUUGGUUAGUCAGUAACAUCACUGACUAAAUAUAAAGCACUUUCCAUAGAAAGCCAUAUUCCAGCCACAACUUGUAACACCUGUACAUAUGUCUAUAGGCCACUUGUAAAUAAUUAUUGGAAAAUCACUAUCAAGCACUUUGAAAUACUUCAGAUGUAAAUUAUUGUACACUCUCUUUUUCAAUGAUUGGGGCAAUGGCAAUAGGAAAAAACGGGUUAUUAUGAUUGCCAAAAAUUUGUAAACAUAAGUAAUUUUGUAUGUAUGAUUGCUUCAGUCUUGUCUGUUACCUCUUAGAGGUCUACAAGAAUGAAUGAUCUUUAAGAAACCACUGUAAAACUCAAAUGCAGCCAAGGGGAUAAAAAUAAAACGAGUCAAGCAGUUUAAAGUAUUGUUCUUGAUUAUUAUGUUAGCACUGAAGUAAAAUGAUGCAUCUCCUAAGUUGAAAGCUUUAGUAGGCUGCACUACCACUGCCAGCCAGAUCAUGAAGUAUUUCUUCAAUUAUUUCAGCAGUAUUCUAGGCAGCUAAGACACUUGCCACUUUGUUCUUGAGUCUAAUAGUCUGCAUGGAGUAAUGGACAGAGUAGGUCUCCCAUCAGAGAAACACAGCUGAUCUCCUAAGUUAGGACUGACACAGGCUAAGAUGACCCAGCUACAGCUGCUGUGCUUUGGGAGGCAGCACUGGCAGACAUGCAAGAUGGAGACGGGUCAGAGCGUGGUCUGCCAGGUGAGUGUGAGGUCCUUGCUGUGUCAGGUUAUUGGCAGGUACUCCCAUAACUUUUGCAGUUCGAGGUGCUACUUGACUCUUGCUAAUCCUUCCCCCUUCAAGAUAAGAAAGAAAUGCUCAUUGCUUAGUCUUGAAAAAAAUUUCAAGGCUAAGAUAUCAUUUGGAAGAAGCAAUAAUCUCUUGGUUAUGCUUUAGUGAUGACAUGUUAAAUCAGUCUCAAUCAAUGCUGUCUCUAAAAUAGUAACAAUGAUAAUCAUCAAGUCAGAAUUUGGAUCAGUUCCUAGGCUUGCUUCUAAUGCCUGUUCUCAUUGCAGCUACAGCUGGAGUCUGUUCUCUUAAUGGUCUUCUUGUGUUGUGGACUCCUUUAUUAACAGAUGAGGACAGUUGUCAACUUGUACAGAUUUACAAUAAGUUGUUUCUUGCAAGUUCACAACUCUUUGGGGAGCUGAAGCUUCUAACCAGCUAUCUCUGGCAACUCUUGACUGCAUGUAUUUAAGAUAUCUGGAACUCGUGGACUAAAUUGUCUUGCAAAGAUUAGGAUGUAAGGGGGCCUCUAAAGUUUUUGGCUAGCAAUAAUGCGUCUAUUUUACCAAGUACCUUUUGGGAUAAAGUGCCUUUCAUAGCUUUGUAAUAUGUGAAGUUUGUUAGUUAUGGGGUAGAAUUCAACUUUUUCAGUUAAAUUCCUAACUCUGGAUACUCUGAAGUAUUUGUGUCAAAUGUAACAAAACGCAAUCCUCAGUCAGACAAUUAAUUAUAAAUUCACAUGGCAGCUAAUUACAGGCAAAAUGCUCUGCCUUCCCAGUCUUUGUACAGAACAGCUCUAUUUUUUGAUGAACUUCAUUGCAUUUACCAGUAUCAUACCAAAUGGUAUAAGGAGAGACCAGUAAGACCAAUAAAGGCAUUUCUUCCUGAGGUUAAUAUUUAUUUGAAGUAGCAACUUAAGCCUAUUUUGGGAACCUAAGGUAAUUUUUACAGACACUGAGGACUCUAGGAAUUUUAUUUGUGACUUUACUCCAAUGUGCUGAACAAAGAAUAGUUUGUUUAUUAAAAUCUAUUCCUAUAGUCUAGAGGGGACUUAACACUUUACCAGAUAAAACUUAUAUGGCUUCGUAUGGCAGGAGGGGGAGGAGUGGGGAAUAUUAGGCAGUAGCAGGAGAUGAUACAAGAUGGCCUGUACUUAUUUGCAAAUGUUGCUUGGUUUCUGGUCUCACUAAGUUUAUUCUUUCCUGCCCCUCUUCAUUUUUGUGUUAUAAAAUCAUUGUUUACUUUCACAGCAGUCUUGGAGAGUGGUCAGAGAUUCCUUCUGUAAAAACAGAAGAUCCAACUUGCAUUGACAAAUACCUUCCUCUCUUUUAACAGUUUUUUCCCCUGCCACCUGCAAGUGUUUUACUGUCUUUUACUCCUCCUCAUGUGACUCCUCUGGCAUCUAGUGAAGGUGGUAUAGCCAUACUGAGCACUCCUACAGCAGCACCCUGUGGCUGUGCUGUUAUCUGCUGUAGAAAUUAUCAGUCAUUAUCCCAGUUUCAGCUCCUCUACUGUAGUCUUGUGGUAUCCCAGAGCAAAGGGACAUUAAUAACCUCUUUGGUCAGAUUUCAUAUAUGUUUACUUUAUAGUCUUCCUGAAGAAUUUUCUGCUUAUAGAUACAAAAAUAUGACUGUAGUUGGUUAUUGAGGUAGUAUCAAGGUAAUGGUAUGGUUUUUCCUUCCUAGAAAAAUAAGCCCUCUGGUUCUAAAUACUGCCUAUUAUUGUUCAGUGUCUGCUGGGCAAUGUGAGAGCAAAGCUAAAUUCGAAUCUGGUUUUUUCUUUCCCUUGUAAACAUGCAUGUUUCUCUUAAUGCACUCCCUUCCCUCUGCUCCCGUAUUAUUUUCUGCAUCCUAUUUGUUUUUAUAGCACUGUAAAUAUUUUACAUUAUUGUUCAAAGGGAAAAUAACAUAAAGGGAAUUGAUGCUGCACAUGUGAUUUUCUUCCCCUUCUGCACCUUGUGCCUCUACAGCUAGCUACAAUUUGCAUUUUCAAACCUAACUUGUAUUUGCCUACAUUUUUAAUGGACAUACCUUGGUUUCCAAUCAGAUUUUUCUUGAAACAGCAAAGAUGCAUUUAUCUAUUUUUAUGUAAGUGCUGAAUCUUGCUAGAUAAGAGAAGUACAGAAGCUAAGACUUAGGCUGGAAGAAGUAGUGUGAGAGUCCUCAGACAAAUGAAAAAAGUAUACAUCUGCAGAAGCUCUCUUCACUUCACAACCUGACUAUAAGUGGAGGUCUGCCAGUACUUUCUGUUGUUAUGGCACAGCAUGUCUGUGAGGAAAUGUGCUCAUGUUCCUUCUUUGAGCUGCCUCACAACAGUGGUUGGUAUUGUCACUUACUGGAAGAAGGGUCUGUCUGCUCUGUUGAAGCCAACCUAAUACAUUCCUUGCUUGCUGGUUUUAGCUUUUCCUCUCCUGAAAGAGCUUUGAAAUUUGCCCAUAUCAAUGAAAAAAUUUGUCAGAGCAGGGGAGGGACAGACAGGCUGUGCAAUCAGUUAGGCUGCUGAAUAUUCAGGUUGUUAAACACCUAAAAUAAAAAUUGCCUGUGGAAAGAGUGAUUGUCUUAAUUCUCCUUGCACAAACCUGGCUGGGACACUUCCACACUGCUGUCAAGCAGUGGAAAAUGCUUUAUAUCAUACAUUAAACCUCCACUCCCACACCAAACACCUAAACAGGCAACUGAAGGCUAACUUUACUAGCAUACUCUUUGCUAUGUAAUAAAUUGCUUGAAGAUAGGAAACAUGAAGCAUUAAACCAAAACAAAUUAUUAGGAAAAAGACAUUUCAUAGACAUGGAUUUUUGCUGUGAUUAUGUCCUCUGUAGAAAAACUAGACAAUUUUAAGGUAAUUUUUCCCUCCUUCCAGAGACCCUUUCCUAGAGUUAAACUUCAAAAUACAUGGAAAUGUUUUAUCAUACUGUCAGCACAUAGACUUGAAGGUGACAGUUGUAUAGCAAUAUAAAAAUAUUAACUUUACAUCAGAACACUUGUUUCUUUCCAGUGAAAGUAUUUUUGAAAGGCUGAUCAUUGAAUACCAGUCAAUGCCACAAGCAUCUAGAAACAGUGCUGCAUGUUCUAAUGUCCCCUUUGUGGAUGUGUGCAACUGAGAGGUGUGGUUUGGUUUAGACAGCUUAUUCCUUUUUUGGGUCCUUAAAUAUGUGAGAGCUCAUGUGUGCAUUUAAUUGAAGACUUUCUUGAAAGUUAGAUUAUAAUUCCAUAGUGUGUUGUGGCUGCUAUUAUCUAAGUAACAAAUGCUGUGAGUUUCUAACUUUUUGGCUGAUGCCUCUAGUGGUAAAAAAAAUUAAUGCCAUUAACUUUCUACAAAUAAUGACUCUUAAUGAAGCCUCAGUAUGAAAUUCAAGUUACAUGUGCUAUAUUCACACAGGAGCAACUUGGUCAUUCUGGUUUAACUAAAAGAAACUGAUUAUUCUUUAAUUAGACAGCAUUCAACCCACUAACCCUCUUCCCCCCACAACUUUUUUUUUUUGGUAGAGGACUAAGUGAAAGUCAUUUAGGGGCAGAGGAUGGAUGGUGUCUGUAGAAUUUAUGUAUAAAUUGUUGGUUGUGAUCUACACGCAUUAUCAAAUUCCUGGUGCCAGGUAAAACCUGGUGAUUUUUUAAUUGUAGUAUACCUAUAUUGUCUCAGAAACAGAGUUUGAAGAAUUGCUUGGGUGAAAGUGGGUAGCUGGCAUGAUUGUAGCAUAUAAAGAGCUAUUUCUUCAUAGACCUUUGUCCUUCUGGCAGCCUCCACUGCUAGUUUAAUUUAUGUAAGUGAAUGCGGAGAAAGAAAAGUUGUAAAACUGCUUCCUUACAGAGAGCAUGAUUCAAAUGGUGUCAUGAGAACUGCAUUUCAGUAUUUGAUAUAGUGCAUCCAUCUGAGAGAAGAACCACUCAAAAGAGCCAUUUUUCACCAUCUUAGGUUUCAGAUGCAAAUACCCCCUGACUGCUGAGGACUAAUGUUUUGUUAGCUGUCUUUGUAAUUUGAAUGUCACAGGCAAGCAGUGGAUGGUCCCAAUUACAUGAUGUGUCUAAGGGUCCCUUGUUGACCAUCAAGAAUCUCUAUCAGAAGGCUGUUUAGUGCUCCCUGUAUAAGCAUGACAGACAUGACUUUAACUAGAAACUACCCCAAAACUUUCUUUUAGUGUUCGGCAGUUAAAAGGAUCCAUUCCAGAGUAGGCCUCUGCAAGUGGCUAUGACGUAUAGCUUUAAUAAUUAGACCUGGCAUUCAUUUUGUUCUUCUCAUCUAACACUUCAGUAGUAGUUAGUUAAUAUAACACUAAGUGGCAGGUUUUUUACAUGCUACUGUAGGGGCAACUGAGAAAAUGAAGUUGCCUUUAAAUUACCUCAGAAUAGAAUGAAGAAGGAAGUCAAGCAGCCAGCCUGGUCAUUAGGAGCCUAACAAUCACAUUAAUGAAUCAGUGAAGAAUUGAAAUAAUCACAACUUGUGUAAAUCAAUUAUCUCCAAAGCCUGUUGCCCUGUAGGGAAGAAGAGAAUCUUAACACUCUGCCUCAAGAGACAGGUCUGAGCCAGGGGUCUGCUGUGAGGAGCUCAAUCCUCAUCAGAGAAUAUUUCAGUAUCUCUGGUGUGCUUAGAUAUGUGGCAGCUUCCCCUUUGCCUGUACUUCCUCUUUUAGUUGUUUUUUAGAAGACUCUUGAUGCUGUAAAAUAAGAUCUUUAGUGUUAGUCAUAAUUCACAGGAGGAAUCUGGCCUAAAUUCAUAACAAUCAGAAGCAAGUGCGUGGGUAAAUCCAAGAACAAAAGCAAGAUAUGCAAGAGCCCCCACUGCUCACAUUGUAAAGGGCAGGGCAACCAAAAUAGCAGACAAAAGUCGGGGAGCCCUCCAUUAAGCCUGCAGCAACAUCCCUAGGUGCUCCUUGAAGAAGGAGUCCCUGUCAGCAAUCUGGAUUUUAUGGAAAGGCUCCAGUCCUCUUCUGAGAGCAGCGUGCAAUGCCUGAUCCAUCUGUUGAAACAAAGGAUCAAGGACUGAUAAUCAGGCAGAAGGACAUCCUGUAUUAUUUAAGAUUUCCAGAAAUUAAUAUUAAAAGUGGAGCAAUACACUGAAGACAAGAGCAUAAAACCAAUUUAAGUCAAAGGUGAAGCUGCCAUAUUAAUUCUUCUUGCAGGGAAUUGUUCUCAGUACAAGCUGUUAAUUUAUGAGCUGCAUUAAAUACCAUUCUCAAGUUUGACCAUAAUGAAAGUCCAGAAGACUAGCUAGGUUCAGAUGAGGAUUAAAAGUGCCAUUACUGGGCAGUAGCAGAGUAUAUACAUUGCCAAUUUUUUAAUUUUGUUUCUUUGUAUUUGUUACAAAUAGGAAGGAAAUCAAAUUAAUGUCUUUUCAUCUUGACAAAUUUGUGGCUUGAUUUGCUAGGAGCUUACUGCUUUUAGAAGCAGUACACAGAGAAGUGUACUGACAAAGAGCCCAGUUCACUGGAGAUAGGAAACAAAACUCAGAGUAAUCCUCAGCCUGCCACAGAAGAUAAUGCCUUGCUCAGCAAUUUAUCUUAAGCACACAAGCUGACACAGCUACGAAGAGGAAUUGUCACAGGAUUCCUUCGCACUCCAGAGUUUCUGUGUGCCAGUCCAUCAUGUUUGAUUGUUUAAGCUUCAUGGACCUUAGAAGUAUGACUAGACAAUAUAGUCCUGUGCUUUGUAAGGAGUUACAGCUGCCUUCAGAUUAGGUAUGUAUGAAAGGCUAUUAAAUAGCUCAUGUGCUAAGUGGAAAGUGUGUUGGACUCAUUCUGCUAUUUCCUUCCUGUUUCAUCUAAUGCAAAUCUUUUCUAUGCCUCAGCUUUCUCACUUGUACCAAGUCAUGGAGCUAUUGCAAACGUAAACCAGAGCAUGUAAAGCUCUAGUGGAAUGAUGGGUACAUGUGCAUAGCAGUACUCAUAUGUAGAAGCACACUUGUAUAAGCAGAUUUCACUUAAUAAUGCCCAAUGCCAUGAUAUAACCAAAUAUUAGCAAAGACCUGAGGUGAGUUGUUCUGGUGUUCUGCCUCUGUAUUUUUCUGAUAGGCAGUGUAGAUGAUUGUCCUGGUUUUGGCCAAGGACAGGGUUAAUUUUUGGCAACAGCCAAGAGGGGGAGUGGCCAGACCCUAAUAUUAUACCAUAUCACCUCAGAUCACUGCCAGGGCAGGCUAAGGGGCUCUUUCUUCCAAGAAGAGUGAGAUUUCUGGGUGGGGAAGAGCUGGUUGGGAUUCCUUGUGGGCUUUCCAUGUAAAUGAUUUCUAUGUCUUAAACAUUUUGUUUUUAAUAUUGCUGUUACUGUUCAUUUUCUUAUUGCAUUGCUGUUUCCAGUAAAUUUUUCUUACCUCAACCUGAUUUAAACCUUUCGUGCCUCUGAUUCUCCUCUCCAUGCUGCUGGAGUGGGAAGUACGAGGGGAAGGUGUGGUGCUUGCCAGAGGAAGCGGGGGAGUGAAUGGCAAUUUGGUUUGGGAGAGACUUGGUGGGAGCAUUGAACUGGGGACUACCAUUCCUAAACCACAGAUAUGUACCAUAAGGAUGUUUACUUCUCUGUUAGUUGUAAGAUUUUGCAUUAAGCAUGCUAUUCUAAAGAAGGGAAAACAGAAACAUAUGUAUGAAGUUUAAUCCAACCACAUAAAUUGUGUAUAUGUUCAUUCUGCUAGACUUACUGCAUUAGUAAGAUGCAUGUUUAAAAGAAAUAGAAGGGGUAAGCACAGAAUAUUAUGUCAUUAAAUGGAUUUCAAAUAGCCAUGGAAAAAUCCUUGGAGUUAAUUUUAUACAGCCUACUACUCAGAGCAGGGCUCCUUUCAAAGAUAAAUCAGGCUUAUUGGCUGGGCAAGUUUUGAGUUUGCAACUUACAUCAGACUUUAUUACUCAGUUUUGAUUAACAUAUCUUUAUGUUGCUAGUUUCUUUUAGCAAUGAGUUGACAAGGCUUUCUGGUACAAGGACACAACAAAAGGCAUUGUUCUCUGAAAAAAGAAAUGGAUUCAAAUGCAGAUCUCAGCUAUCAGAGUAAGAAUGAGUUCUUUGGCACAACUAGCAUAAUGCUUUCAAUGAAAUAAAUAUAUUUCAGGAUCUGACUCCUGAAGCAAGGUUUAUAUGUUGAUAUGGUUAAGACUGAGUCUUUUUCUUAACUCACAGCCUCAGUCAGUAGCUCAAAGACUCAUAUUGUGCAUAUAGUCAGGUUACAUGGGAAAUCCAACAAUAAUCUGGAUUUACUUUAUGUUGUUUGGAAGUCUCAUACACAUGCCUACUGUACUGGUCAUGCAAUAACAGCAUAAAUACAUUUUCAAAAGCUUCAAGCUAAUAGUGUGAGAAAAGGCCUUAAGGACGUAGUGUUGCUGACCUUCAAAUGUUUCUAUUCAGUUUUAUAGAACUAUGCCACUAAGAAUAUUUUUUAAAUCAAGAUUUCUCUUAAACUUAACAAAGUUAUGAUACAUUGCUGUGAUUGUGACAUUUACAUUGUGAUAGUGCUGAACCAUCUAUGUCCCGAAAAAGUGGAGAAUUUAUUAAAAGUGUAAGUUAAAGGAGAGAAAAGGCAAGUGUCUUGGGCUGAUUAGUUGAUUCAUCCCAAUGACAAAAAGUAAAAAUCAACACAGCCUGUAUCACUAUACCAUUUUGUCUUUGGGACAGAGGACUGGCAUAGAAGCUGAAUGUACUGUACCAAUCUGCCCAUCCUUUGCUGUGUUAAAGGAGGACAGGUGAAUAAAAUGUGUUAUUAGAAAACUGCCUGGUGGCAUUUAAAAAAGAAAAUCAGUAAUUUGUUAGCUCUGUGAUAAAGCUGUAGUACUGAACAUGUAAAUGGUUUCCUGGCCUUGCCUGAUUUGGUUCCAAUCCUGCGCUGCCUCCUCCCUGGAAGCAGGCAUUUUUCACUGCAACUGGUCUUUUUUAAAACAGUCAUGAAGAAAUGUUUCAUUUCUGUGUUAAUAUUGCCACAUGAUGCUUUCAUUUUUAGUUUCUACAGCGCUGAUCUUUCUUCUCUACACACUCCUGAAGUCAUUAACAAACACGAAAAGUCCAGGAUAAUCAGUUACAUAGGAAGCAAGACAUCAGAGUCAGUAACUUAGGAAGAGGCAUCUUUCUGCUGGAAGCUAUGUUGCUCCUGUAUUGUUGAUGACAUCAAAGCAAUCAAAGGGUUUUUUUUCUUCUCUGCUGAGUGUUUAGGUUUGUGCUUAAGUGCUGAGCGUUCAUGUGCUGAAGAAAUAAAUUUCACUGGUAAGUUGACAGACCACUCCUCACCUGGCUUCCUUCCCCUUGCCCUUCUGCAGUAACACAGAAGGAGCAGAGAUGGAUCUGCAGGAGAAGGGAACAAAUUUGGGGUGUGGUGUGGCAGGAGAUCACACUUAACUGGAGCAAUGCUGCAGCCUGGCAGACUCUUUGCUGAGUGGUCUCCUGUUGGUGCUGGGGAACUGGGACAGCCCUGAAGAAGCCAAGGAGCACAGAGGUUGUAUGAUUGCUGAGUUCCUCCCCUUUCAGAUGGGACCUCUGCCAAGCACAGGCAAGCCCUGAGGAUGUGUGCUGUCUCUCCCCCUCCUCCCUGCAGCAGCUGUGCACUCCAGCACCCAAAUAAGUCUUAAUCACUCCAUGGUGGCUCUUUUGUUCAACUGUUUUUAAACCUGGAGACCCAUUUAUGCAGUCAAGUUAACACAAGAUUCGGGGCUUGAAUCUGCAUUGUUGUCUGCUUUGUGCAGUAAUUUAAUGGGCAUGCCAAAUAGUAGCUGAACAGCACUAAACCCUUGACCAACUUUUUUUUUAUCUUUUGUGUACAGACAAUCAAUUACAAGAGGGAAAAUAGAAUAGUUGUUUUAUGUAAAACAAGCUGCAAAUUUUGUUGUAUUGUCAUUCACAUCCUUACUACAAUAAAUUAGAAUUCACUUCAUGCAACUAUAAAAGGAGAGGCCCAUACUAAGUGCAUUCAUGACCUGUAACAAGGCAUAACUACUGACAUUAGGUGUAGCAUUGUGCACACUUAAGAUGGAAAGAUGGAACAAUUUUUUUUCCUGAAUGUUUAUGCAAGUUUGUCCUGUUUUCAACAAAACCAAGACAGAAUUGUUAGCUUUAGAUAAAGGGGGGAAAAUAAUGCAUCAGCACGUACUACAAAAAGAAGUACCAUGUAUUAGGAGGGGUUUUUUUAUUGCUUACUGCUUCAGUGUUAGAUAUAAUUUCCUUUAUAACAGUAAAAGAAUAUAAUUUUCUGUGUCUGAUAUGAUCGUGUGGAGUCUAGAGCACAGUGCUUUCUCAAACAUCCACACAAACUGGAACCCUGGGACUGGAACCUGAUUUCCUCAAAGUAGCAGUUCACAGCCAAAGCAAUAGCCUGAAAGUAACAGUCAACUAAGAUCAGCAGGACACAUUUUACAGAAGAAAAAACUCCAGGGUCAGAAUAGCCUAAAUGGUAGUGGUAAUGAAGAUAUUACUGAGAUGAAUUGGCUAAAUUUACAGCAAAAUUUUCUAUCUUGAUUAUGAGGUAUCUUGUUGACUGCUCUGUGCAGGAAACAGUAGUCUUUGUGCAAGGGGAAAAUGUCUGUGAUGCUGUAAAAGUCUGGAGUGUAUAUUUAUUGCAUAACAAUUUAAUCUUCUUGAGUUGGUAAGGUUUGCCACAAUCAUAACAUCUUAAGAAACCAAUGGAGCUUUAAGGACACACCCUCAGUUUAGAAUAUCCCCUCUUUUCUAUGAUAAUUUUGAUCUGCUUUUAAGAAAAGAAAGAAAGUUUUCUUCAGUUUGGGGUGGAGAAAUCUAUUUUUACCACAUGGUGUUAAAUGCCAGAAGGAAUUCUCUUACUUGAAAUUAUGCAAAGAAAACCUUUAUGACAUAUUUCAAUAGUGACAUUCUAAAAUUCAAAUUGUCUUGGCUGAUAAAGGACAUCUUCAUAGGUUUAAAUAUUUUAAUGGAUAGAAUUAUCUGUGUUACUUUUAAAAAGGGGAAGAAACCUAAAAAAACAUUGGAAGCAAAAUUUUAUCUUCUGAUGUACUCAGAUGCAUGUGUAAAUCCAUCACUAUUGUGAGACCUGAACAGAUUUGGGUGAUAUGUUUAUUUAACAAGCAGAAAGAACCAUGUUACUGUAGGGCUUCUGAAAAAAAAAAAAACCUAUAUUUGAAUAUUAA